CCAGCGGGAGCAUAUCAUAAGCGCUAAUGAUAUAAUUUGGGCUCUCAAAAUCCCAUUUCCCUGAAACUGAAUGGGUUUACCAUUGCAGCUAUGGAGAAUGCAGAGAACAUUUGUGCCCCACCUGUGGAAGGCGUCGCUGGAGGAGGGACCGGUUAUGGAUGGAAUGAGGGCAGUUUGCGUUCUUCAACUUCUCUCAGUAAAGUAAUUGACCCAACAGUUGUGCCAACAUCUGAUUUACUUCACGUGUGGUGUUUACCAAGCACUGCAAAUGUUGGACAUCAAGAAAUUCCUAGACAUCUUGAGGCUAUCUCUAUGCUCAUUGCAAGAAAUGAGAGAGAAAGUGCACAGGUCGCUUUAAGGCCAAAAGUCACAUGGAGUGGUUCUGGUAUUGCUGGGGUUGUCCAAGUUCAGUGUAAUGACCUAUGCUCUAGUUCUGGAGAAAGGUUGGCAGUUGGACAAUCAUUGACAUUGCGACGUGUGGUGCCUAUCUUAGGUGUGCCUGAUGCUCUUGUACCUAUUGAUCUACCAGUCAGUCGAAUAACCGUAUUUCCUGGGGAUACAUCGGCCCUUUGGGUUUCAAUAGAUGUUCCUGUCGAUCAACCUCCUGGACAAUAUGAGGGGAAUAUAUUCAUCACUGCUCUCAAGGAUGACACAGAUGGAUUUAAAGGACUUGCUAAAACCGAGAAGCAUCAGAUUCUAAAAGAUCUUCAAACUUGUGUUGAAAUGGUUGAGGCAUUGGAUGGAAAGCCCUUGAAUGAAGUGUCAGAAAAGAUUAAAACAGCAUCUGCAACCUUGAGAGGGGUUCUUCACUCACAGUCGUUCCCUCAGUUUGCCCUGGAUAAUGAGUCAGGGGACAUGAUGGAUGAAGAUACUCGAACAGAUUUAUCUGUGCGAAUCAAAUUAAGUGUCACAGUGUGGGACUUUGUUUUACCCUUGACACCUUCUCUUCCAGCUGUAUUUGGUAUAUCUGAGACUGUAAUUGAGGAUCGGUUUGGUGUCGAACAUGGCAGUGCGGACUGGUAUGAUGCAUUAAACAUGCACUUUAAGUGGCUCCUUCAAUACAGAAUCAGUCCAUUCUUUUGCAGAUGGGGCAACCAUAUGCGUGUUCUAACUUAUACCUGCCCUUGGCCUGCCGAUAACCACAAGUCGGAAGAAUACUAUUCAGAUCCAAGAUUAGCGGCGUAUGCUGUACCUUAUACCCCAAUUCUCUCUUGUGAUGAUGCAGCAAAAGAUGCCUUGAGGAAAGAAGUUGAAACAUUGAAGAUGAAGCCGCACUGGAAAAAGUCUUACUUCUACUUGUGGGAUGAGCCUUUGAACUCAGAGCAUUACGAUGCCAUUCGCUCCAUGGCCAGUGAGAUACGCACAUAUGCACCUGAUGCCCGUGUUCUUACUACAUAUUAUUGUGGCCCAAGCGAUACAACACUGGGACCCAGCACUUUUGAGGCAUUUGUUAAUGUCCCAAAACUUCUACGACCUCAUACUCAAAUAUUCUGUACAAGUGAGUGGGUAUUAGGCAAUCGAGAAGAUUUAGUUAAGGACAUCAUGGCAGAACUACAGCCUGAAAUUGGUGAGGAAUGGUGGACCUAUGUAUGCAUGGGGCCUUCAGAUCCUCAUCCAAACUGGCACCUUGGAAUGCGAGGUACACAACAUCGUGCAGUUAUGUGGCGGGUAUGGAAGGAGGGAGGAACUGGUUUCCUUUAUUGGGGAGUGAACUGUUAUGAGAAGGCCGUUGUCCCUAGUGCUGAGAUAAGGUUUCGGAAUGGCCUUCCUCCUGGUGACGGCGUCCUGUUCUAUCCUGGUGAAGUGUUCUCUUCUUCCCAUGAGCCAGUUGCCUCCGCUAGGCUGGAGCGCAUUCUCAGUGGCUUGCAGGACAUAGAGUAUCUCCGACUUUUUACUUCUCGAUAUGGCCGGAAUGAAGGGCUUGCACUCUUGGAGAAAACGGGGGUUUAUUUAGGGCCCGAGCGCUAUACCCUCGAUCACAUGCCCAUUGAUGUCAUGAGAGCUGAGAUUUUUCGCCUAUGUCAGUCAUAAGUUCCACUCAAUGCUCCCUGCCAGGUGCCCUAUUUUUUCUUGGUUUGAUUCCUGUGUAGAAUUAGAGUGCUAUUUUGUGGAUUGCAUGUAACUGGGGCAUUUGUAAAAACGAAAGAUGGCUGCAUCCUAACAAGUCAAUCACAGAGAAGAGAAAUGAGAAUAUAUUUGAUUUAUGAUCCUCCUUUAAUACGGGCCUAACACAUUAUAAGAUAGAUUUAUUGAAAAUAUCGGUUCACAAA